AUUUUUUUCCCCACAUUUAAUUUGUUUACUCGUGUUCAAUUUCAAUGACCGAAUCUAACUGAACUAAUAAGUAAAAAAUGAGUCUAGAUUAUUGCUUUAGUGUGAAUUUACUACUUCUACAUUCUAUUGUACAGGCGUCCAUUUACUUUUCCUUCAGCCUGAGGAUCAUUCAUUUAACUUUUGGUAUGAAAGAGCUUUUGCGUUUGCCAAAAAUAGAACCUUUUUAUAUUAAAAAUAGACAAGCCAGCCCUGCCCAAUUUUUAUUUUUUUUUUUAAAGUUGACGUAACGCAUUACUUUCCAUGAAAAGUAACAGUUACUUUUUUUAGUGAGUAACGCAAUAUUAUAAUGUCAAAAGUAACUUUCCUCGACACUGCUGAAGACUGGAGCAAUCGUUGGAACAGCUUCGGACUGGUUUAACACAUCAAAUAAAUGCAGCCUCGACUUUUCUCAAAAGUUUUCACUGACUCUGUGGUAUACGUGAAGUAGCGGUAAUAACGCUGGAGACUUCGACGGAAUCUCAACUGCAGCAUUCACCCACGAUAACAAGAGAGUUUACUCAAGUUCAUUUGCAGGGGAAGAGUCUCUCUUGGCACAGACUACCAUUACGAAGAAAAAUAGCUCACUGCUGUAUCAGGACUAUUGUACAGACUGUGCUGGGGACAGCGAGAGUAGACAUGUUUUCCAAUUCACUGCUGAGAACUGGAUUCUUUUUAUGCAAGCGGGACUACGGAGGAAUAAAAUGCCUCACGUCGGUAUUCUGCACUCGGACGACUAGUACGCUAAUAGGUGGCGAGAAACAAAAAACCAUGGACGACUUGCACGGUCCUAGCUUUCUGACAUCCUUAUACUGGCUCUUCGGGAAAGGUUAUUUUCAAACGACACAUCAACUGCAGAUAGAGCACAGCAAAAUCUACGGCCCCCUUUGGAAGUCCAAAUACGGACCGCUGGUUGUUGUCAAUGUGGCCAAUGCAGACCUCAUAGAACAGGUUUUACGGCAAGAGGGUCGCCACCCCAUUCGUACUGACAUGCCCCACUGGAGAGGAUACCGAAAACUCCGCAAUCAUGCCUAUGGACCCCUCACGGAAAUGGGAGCGGAGUGGCAGCGCAUUAGAAGCAUCCUGAAUCCCCGCAUGCUGAAGCCCAAACAUGUGUCCAACUACACCAAUGCUAUUAAUGGUGUGGUGAGCGACUUUAUUGGGAAGGUGGCUAAGCUUAGGACAGCAAAAGGCAAUGACCUUAUGGUGUAUGAUGUGGCAGGAGAACUGUACAAGUUUGCCUUUGAAGGAAUAUGCUCAGUGUUGUUUGAAACUCGCAUGGGGUGUCUGAAUGAUGUGGUUCCUGAAGAAACACAGAAGUUUAUCUUCUCUGUUGGGGAAAUGUUCCGUCUUUCUCCCAUUGUGAUCCUGUUCCCCAAAUCUCUCUGGCCCUACAUGCCUUUUUGGAAGCAUUUUGUGGCUGUUUGGGACCAUCUGUUCAAAGUUGCGGAUGAACUAGUGCGGAAGAAGAUGGCAGAGAUUCAGGAAAGGGUGAAACAUGGGCAGCCAGUGGAGGGCGAGUAUCUCACGCACCUCCUGAUCAGUGAACAGAUGUCCUUCACUGAGGUUUUGGGAAGCAUUACAGAGCUUCUGCUGGCAGGAGUCGACACCACAUCAAACACUAUUUCCUGGGCUCUUUAUCACUUGGCACGGGAGCCAGAGAUCCAGCAGAAGCUGUAUGAGGAGGUUAUCAGUGUCUGCCCAGAUGACAAAGUGCCCUGUAGCGAAGACAUCACCAGGAUGCCACUGCUAAAGGCCGUUGUUAGAGAGACUCUUCGAUUGUAUCCCGUGGUUCCUGGGAAUGCUCGCGUCGUUGCUGAAAGAGAAAUAGUGGUGGGCGGCCACCUCUUCCCUAAAAAUACACUUUUCCACCUCUGCCACUUUGCAGUGUCCUACGAUGAGAAGGUGUUUCCCAAUCCCUUUGCCUUCCUCCCUCAGCGCUGGAUCCGGGAAGAGAAGCAGUUAAACCAGCAUCCCUUCGGGUCUGUGCCGUUUGGCUUUGGCAUCCGUGCGUGCCUGGGCCGCAGAGUGGCUGAACUGGAGAUGUACCUCCUCUUGUCCCGGUUAAUAAAACACUAUGAAGUGCGUGCAGACUCUUCAGGAAGGACCGUGAAGCCGAUCACGCGAACUCUGCUGGUCCCUGCCACGUCUAUUGACCUGCGGUUUCUUGAUAGGCAAAAAGGGCCAGAGGAGCCACUUAAAGCAAAUGCUUCUGUAUAAAUAACUGUGCACUUCUCAAAGCAGUUUGCUUCUAUAUAAUGCUGUUUACAUAUUUGAUAUGACUUACAUAGCUGAAAAAUUCACUAAAAUGCGUAGCCCUAUGGACAAAGUGCUUACUAAUUUACACUGCUUGACAUAAAAAAGCAUUUUUAUUUAUAAUAACUCUUAUUUUACUGUUAUAGAUGCCUAUUAUACAGUGUACUGUAAAUGUACUAAUUGUAAAAAUAUUUUUAUGUAAAUUGCAUGUGAAUGAAUGUAAUUGUAAUUAAUGAAUUCAUGUUAGUAUCAUAUGUAAGAAAGUUAAAAUUAAAUUUGUCAGUGAAUAUGCAUGAUUUUUAAUGCAAUGUUUUCCUUGUUUUUAUCCCAACGUAUAAAAUAAAUGAAUAAAAUAAUUUUUUAAGCAUACAAUA